GUGGCGGUAAUGCGCUAAUAUGUUGGUUGCCAACCGCACUUAAACAUCAAUGGAAGAAGACGAAGUGGAACGAGGAGGAAGUGAAGAGAACUGCUGAAGACGAAGACCUUUAAAUCAGGUGUAAAAGCCAAGAGUUGUGUGACACAGUCCUGCAUCUAAUCCAUAAAGAAAAGAUUGAAGACAUGAGUGAUCUGGACGUAUGCCGAAUAAAAAACGAAGAGGAAGAAACAGACCCGGUGAAACUGGAAGAAACAUCAAUACCAGAGACCACACCUAAUUCCAUCAAGACUUGUUUUUCGAAAACCGCCAGCAAAUCUUUUCUUUGCCCUCAUUGUGAAAAGGUACUUGGAAGUAAAUGUAGCCUUGCGGAGCACAUCCGAAUCCACACUGGAGAGCGCCCACACCCAUGUCCUCACUGUGGACGGUGUUUCAUACGAAAAUCAAGGCUUACAGAACACAUGACGGUUCACACCGGCGAGCGUCCGUUCGCAUGUCCUCAGUGUGAGAAGAGUUUCAGAAGAGGAGCGAUGCUUAAGCAGCACUUGAGAAUCCACACCGGAGAGCGCCCGUACACAUGCCCUCAAUGUGAAAAGAGUUUCAUACAUGAAGCAAAUCUGAGGAAGCACAUCAAAAUUCAUACAGGAGAGCGUCCAUACACGUGCGUUCAGUGUGGGAAAAGUUUCAUUCACAAACACAAACUUGACAUCCAUGUGAGGAUUCACACCGGGGAGCGUCCGUACAAGUGUGUUCAGUGCGGAAAGACUUUUAACCGGCAAGAUAAACUCGCAGCUCACAUGAGAGUUCACACUGGCCAGUACCCAUACACGUGUUCUCAGUGUGAAAAGAGUUUCGCGAAAAAAGCCACUCUUAAGAUCCACAUGAAGAUUCACACUGGAGAGGUUUCACGACCGUAAAAGAUGCUUGCAGCUGCUUUCAACAGGGAAACUCCAUUCGAAGAGCUGAUGAAUCCACCAUCCUGACGUGCAUAUGUAGAAAACACAUGUUGAUCGUUUUUAAACAGGCCUGCGACCACAGCUUUAUCUCGAUUUCCAUAGGCCUUUGAAAACACCAUGAAUACAUAGAUUCCCCUCAUAGGCACUGUAAAGAUUCCUGUGUCAGAUGAAUACAAAUGAAUUAUUGAACAAAUCUUUUGUAAAAUAACAACGUUUUCACACUGUAUGAACUGUACCUGUG